GCGCCAGAUUUGAACGUUAAUUGGCUCCGCUCGUUUACCUGGGCAGGUCGGGUCUCUGCCGUUAGUUAGUCUUAUGAUAUGUUGUGCACAUUCGCACACAAUUCCUAGUCCGCUAUACUGUUUUUAAGACAAAUUGCCUACGGAGUCGUGCUGCUGGGUUUUAAGCAGUUUCACUAUCAAUACUUGCGCGUGUUGUAACUAUUUUUAAAACUUUUUUUUAUAUAUAUAAAUAUAUUUUUAGCAUUUUUAUAUUUUAAAAACCUGCCAGAGAAAUGGCGGACUGGAAGUCUCAAAUAAGCUACAACUACAACCCUUCUUACCAUGCCUACGCUUACGGCCUCAUGUACCCACCGGCGCCCGAGCAGAAUCACGGCAGCUGGGGCGAGGCCGGGGUCACAGAUUUGAGCAACAACAGCGCCGCCGUGACACAGGCCUACUACGCAGCCGCCACCACCGCCAGGACUCGGGAAGAGUCCCCGCCCGACAGCCCGGAGCAGCAUGCCGUGAACGGCCAUUGUCACUACCAGGGCUCAGGGUUGGUUUACCUCGGUGACACCCAGGCAAGCCGAAUGCUCCUGACCGGGACUCACCGGGGGCCAUACGACGCCAGAGCACACGAGGCCAGGCGGGCCGGGAGCGACUCAACCAGCGACUCGGAGGCGCACAUCUCGCCAGAUUCAUGGAGCUCUGGCAGCAGCAGGGAAGGAAGUCUCCCCCAGGCAGACCCAACUACUUGGGUUAAGAAAGAGCUUGACGAUGAGGUCAGCAGCAGGAGCCCUGAUGCCAUAGAGGAUGUUUCCAGCUCACUCAUGGAGGAGCCAAGGACCUUUACAGUCACAGGGGAACAGAGCACCAACCACACUGCCUCUCUACAUGUGCCCUUAACUCCCCCAAAGAAGCCAAGCACUUCUGCUGUAAAUAACCCUAAAGCAAAGGUCCGGGCAGCCUUCUCAGAGGGCCAGAUGAAUGUUCUCGUCCAGCGCUUCAGUGUACAGAGGUACCUUCCCCCAGCAGAAAUGAAGAACCUGGCAGAAAUGACGGGGCUGACCUACAAACAGGUUAAGACAUGGUUUCAGAACCGCAGGAUGAAGUUAAGGAGGCACCAGAAGGACACCAGCUGGGUGUCUGAGCGCUACACUACCAACAAAAGCAGCCCAGUUCGUGGAACCAUCUUCACCAAUAUUCCCCAACAUAUCCCACCUUAUGAGGGAGAAUCACAGCUCAAGGAGCAUUACAACCAGCACAUGAUGGAGGCAGCCUUCAAGAAGACGGCUCCACAGAACCUAGCUUUCUAUCUGGCAGCUAUGGGCUCUGCUGCUGGAUCUGCUGGUUUCUCCUCCUGGUCCUCGGGCCCUCCCCAGACUGCAGUGCCCGCCAGACCCCAGACGACGAGCUGGUCCAUCCCCCCCAGCGUCAGCCAUUAUGAAUACAACCCCAGUGCUUUCAUCUCAGCCGGUGUUGCCUCUGCAAAUAACACUGGGCAAGACACGAGCUUUGAAGGCAAAGACGGGGAGCCUGUGAACAGCCGCAGCUCUGCCAUAGUACAAAAUGUCAGCCAGUAGUUGAUGUUUGAGCUUUUCUGUAAAUGUUUCCCCACAGCCAUGUUAAUAUUCUUCUCUUUGAGUUUCCUGACUGUGGCUUGUAAUUAACUUGGGUGCUUUUUGUCAGGUCGGGUGUACAUAUGCCUUGUUCAUACUUCUGUUCAAAAACAGUUUACCUUUUUUUUUUUUAUCAUGAAGUUCUAUUUUUAUAUGCAACUAUUUAAUGUAUGUUGGUGUGUUCUUGCGCUUGAUGAUGUAGAUGUGUCCAAGUUGGAUGCAUUCUUGCAUAGUUUUUUGGAAACCAUUUUACGACAAAGUGCUGAUACAGAUCAUGUGCACACUUCACUGCAUUUUUUUUCUAUAAAUACAGGUUCACUAUGGCAACUUGAAAUAUUGUCUUUGUUUCACUUUGUUGUGCCUCGUGUGUAU